AUGACGAAUAAAACUGAUGAUGACAAGGUUGUUGCAUCGACGGGUUUUUGCGAAAUUCUUCCGUGUUCCGAAUUGAAUACCGAAAGCUUUAUCCUAUCGACUGAGCAAAAUUUCGGAGAUAGCGAAGAGAGUUCCAAUAUUAGGGACAAGCUGGUUUCACUAAAGAAAUUUAUGGACGACAAAGCGCUAGGUUUCCUAACUAAGGUAUUUGAGCUUGAUGUAGGAAAUGAAAACAGACUACUAAACACGAGGCAAGACAUUUACGGAAGGAUUCAAGAAUUGUUAAAGCAAGAAGGUACACUGCUAGGUAGGUAUCUAAAAAUUACCUCAUAUUUAUUUUUAUCUUAAUGCUUUUUUUUUUCCGGAUAAAAUAUUCUGACAAUCGUCGAAGUAUUUUACCAUGUCUGCGAAGGGAAGAGUACUUGUCGUACUAAGUGUACCCGACGCUAUCUUCAAUGCUAAGAACAUACCGUCUUACACGUUUGUGUCAAGAAAUUUUACAUACGUCGGCUGCAUUUUUAGAGAAGAUAGGUGCAAUGCUAGAAAUAACUCUAGAUAGCCAAAUGUACUUAGAACAGACAUUUUCGCACUUGUCAUGAUUGUACCAACCGGAGUAGAUUGCGACAAACAGAUGUAGAUCAAGAGGAAAUUGAAAAAUAAAAGUACAACGAGAAUAUGUAGAUUUUUUCACCCAAGUGUUAAUCAAAUAUCUCACACAGCUGUACGUGAGUAUUGUUACAUAAAUUUUAUCUUUAGAUUUUAAAGAGAAUGCAGAACUAUCACAUGUUGCUGACGCACUCAGCCUUCUUGACCACUGUCACAGUCACGUGAUCGUAGAUAAAGCGCUACAAGGCGCCUUGUUGGUUUUGGAAAACAACGAUGUCAUUAAGAGGUAUAACGUCAUCCAAAAGCAGAAAGACGUCUUGCAAGACGAAAACGAAACGCUGCGGAAACAGAUCCAAAUUCUGCAGAAAGAGGCUGAGAAGCUGAACGGAAAACUAAACGAGACUUCGACUUCGUUAUGUGAUGUAAAGAAGAGUAAGGAACGACUAGAGGAUGAUCUCUCUUCGGUUUUUCAACUUUACAAUAUGACUAACACUGAGCGAAAAGUAAACAUGGAAAACGACGAGAACUUAGACAGGAGCACCAUUCUGCAGGAAAAUGUCACAACUCUGUUGGAAAACAACGCCAAACUACAAGAGAAGCUCGAAGUGUCGGAGAACGACAAAGAAAACUUGAAAUCUGAGUUAACGUCUGUUAAGGUGAGUGGUAUGACAACUUUCUGUAAUUUCAUUUGUUUACAAUCUCACGUGACCUGUUAGCUUUUUAGACAUUACCUCGGGCUCUCCUGGUUUAUGAUCAGCGGUCAUCAAUUCUAGCCAUUCUUAUACCUUGAAUCAUCUCUCAGUGGCCACAUUAAAUGAGACAGUGUCAGAAAUGUAAUUUUAACUACAAAGUGGACGCCAGCUUAGAAUUUGCUGUGAAAGAUAAUCUUAAGACCUCAUCAUGACGAAUAGGACAAAAUUUUGUCACAGAUUUUCCCACAGCACAAACGAGUUUGACAGUAAUGACGUUGAGAUCUGAUGCAAACAGAACACAAUAACGCAGCUGUUUUGAAGGUGUACGUAUACUGUUAGCCAAACGACAAAUGGAACAAUACCGGACUUAUCGACUGCCCAGGCAGGCCACAUGAUGCGACAUGUCUCUACUGGACUUUUGUGAUAUUGCAAAGACAGACUACCAAACCAUCGCUGGAGAUGGAAACGAAUCUGACAGACCAGUCUUCAAAGCAACUGUAUAACUUUACAGCGGACUUUUUAAGUCAGUUAAUCCUUUUCAACGAUAAAUCGAUUGCUUCCGCUUGUUACGAUGACCGUGUACCGAAAGCAAGUCCAAGUCACUCUUUAGUCGUUUAUAACAAAUUCUGUGAAAUCAUUUCCGUUACAAAUGUUAUAUCUAACAUUUCUGACGAAGUGAAAAUUACAAUGACGCAGACUUUUUUGGAAGGAUUUAAGACCAGGUGUUAUCAAUUCAUCAGGGCUCUCCCAGGAGGCUAUGGGAAAGGAUAACAUUAAGGACGCGCAAAGCUUGAAGCUUUCCUUUGCAGUUCAGACGUCGUAAACAAGAUGGCACUGACGAAAAAGAUUGUAUUUAUUUCGCACGCAUUACGGAUCUGCUUACAGGACCAUUUCCGAGACAUGCCAAAUUCCUCAACCACCCUCUGAUAACUUUGGAAAAUCAACAUCUGCAUGGCGUAAUUCGUCACAGAUUGGGACACGUACCUAUCUGUGACAGCAUCUGCAUUCAAAAAAGAGUUCGUCCACGGAUUCCAGCACUGCUAUUUUCUGAAGUAUAUUCGCACAAAGGGAAUAAAUGACUGUUAUCAAGUGCAGCUUUUUUCUGGAGUAAAAUGCAAGCAUCAACUAACAAGGGGUCUUUCAGCCUGGCUCAACAGAAGACUGAUGUAUCACACGCUGAGUGCGGCAAAGCUCGAGAAUGGGAAAUGGAAUUACAAAUACAAGGCAAAAGCAUAACAGGCACACCUCAGAUUCAAUGGGAUAACUCUUGCACUUUAUGAAUGUAUCACGUUUAAAAACAGCUAAAGUAGACUUAAAAUGUUCAUUUUUUAAAAAUAUUUUGGUUUCAUUUUGUGGUUAAGCAAAAAGGAUGAUAUUUUUUUUUGGGGGGGUUAUCACUAGUUAAAUAGUUUUUGAUGACAUGUAUUCCUUCAUAAAACAAAGGAAAUAAAAAAAGACGCAAAAAUAUUCUUGUAUUAAUGUAACAUAAUCUUAAUCUAUUGUUUAUAUUUGUAUGAAUCAUAGUUUAUUUAAAAUGUUGCGAAUAAAACUUCCCCUGCGCAUUAUAGUUUAUUCAUACUUACAUCCGUAGCUUACUUAGUCUUUUGGAUGGUGAAUUCGUCUUUAAGGUUUAUUGGGAAAACAAGAGAAAAGGCAGUAAAUAAAAGAAUUAUGGCAAGGUAACCGCAUUUAACUCGACCCAAGACAAACAUAUUCACUACAACCAAUCAAAGCUUAAGAAAUACAACGAGAAGCGUAAGAAAUCAAAGUACAAGAAAAUUGCUUAAGUCGUGAUUGGCUUUAAUUUGGAUGAAAGCGCAAAUUUCUUGACCAAUCACAAAGCGAAGUGAAGCCAACCAAUAUAAUCCCGGAUUAACACAACAGUCAAAGGACUGCGCAUGCAGUGUGCUUUCAGGCUGUCAAAACCAAGUUGUCUGACGUGAGUAACAAUCAAUCAAACAAGCCAGUAAGUCACAGUGAUUUUAAAAACGCUUUAAUGUUUUUGGAAAGCUCAGAACAGAACUUGGCAAUCAACAGGAUACCCUUACUUGAAAAACUUUGUGUUCGAAAAGUUUGGAGUUUUAUUUUUCCUACUUUUGUUUAGUUUUACAGAUUUCUUUAAACUUUUUAAUUUUUUCCACUUUCUUUGCGAGACAGUUCCUCAUGUUUUUCUUUGAAAUCUUGCAUGAGAAAUCGGCGCGCGGCCGGACAGAACAUCGAUCCUCUCGCGCAUGCGCGAUAAUUAGAAAAUUGAUUUUUAACCUUCCAUUUUCUUUCAUUUCUCGCCUUUCUCUAACUUUUCGAUUAUUCUUUCCAGAUUUUCUUUCGAUCAAUUUCACUGUUCUUAUAUAAUACCCAGUUUUAAUCCCUUCUCAAAACCGGAAAGAAAUCGGAAGAUUUGUAAAUAUGUAUAAUGCCUUGUCGGCAAUAUUGGUCUUUGACAGCGUUAGUCAAUUUUGCUUUUUCCUUUGCGUUGCAGGAAGAAUUAAAGAGACUAAAGGACGCAUAUUCGCAAAGUGAAAGGGGUACACAAACAGAUUUGGUCCAUCCAUGUGAAUUCACGAAUCCCCUUUUGCAAGAUCAGACAAAGGAAUUUCCAGACCGCGAUGGAGUAAUUCAAGCGAUUUCGUCCUCACUGUAUGACGACCAAUCUUGGUCGCUGGAAAAGGCGGCUUUUGCAGCCCAGUCAAACAACGUGGAUGAUGUUUCUUCUCUGAGAGCUGUUAUCAACCAUCGCCUCGGAGAAGAAUGGUCCCUUGCCGUCCUUGAAAACGCCAGAAUGAAAUCAGAGCUCGAUGACAUUCUGGGUAGAAUCAAUGAAGAGAAGAGAAAUCUUGCCAGCGAGUUGGCAGAUUCGAAAUUCCAAGCGGAUGAGGUGAACAGUAUGAAAGAACAGUUGAACGCAAAAGGCGAAGAUUUUGCAGAUGGACUUAGAGUUCUGAUGGAUGAAAACUCUUGGGAAAGUAUUGUCAAAGAAAAAUUGGAUGAACUGUCCAUAGUUCGUCAAGAGAAUGAAAAGCUUAUGAACGAAUUGGAUUCUUUGAAAAGCAAGUACAGUGAUCCAGAGAAAGAUGAAGAAAAUGCUAACAAGAUACAUGAAAAAGAACUUGAGGACCUCUUCGAGAGAGAGAAGCAACUGACUACAAACAUAACGCAAAUGAACGAAAGGUGCUCAUCUUUAGAAGAACAAUUAAGUCGCUCUGCCUUGGAAAAUAUUAAAUUGAAAGAGCAACUAAGGAAGUUGAACAUGGAAGUAAGUGACGUUCAACAAGAGAAAGCUGAAAUAACUGAUCAGAAAAUUGCUCUGGAGGAAAGCUUGCUAGAACAGCAAGAGAAUGCCAAGUGCGAAAUUGCCGCGGUAAUGGAAGGGAAGGCGACUCUUGAGAGGCAGUUACAAGCAAAAACGCAAGAAUUCGAGGAAGGAAAAACGUUAUUGAAGUUGAAAGAUGCUCGGUUGAGCAAAGUGGAAGCAGAACUCUUGGAGACCAAAGCUUAUUAUGAGGAGCUACUGCAGGAAAAGGUAGACGAGUUCGAGGUGGAUAAACAGAAUAUGAUGAAAGAGAUCAACAGUCUGAGAUGUUUGCAGGGACUGCCAGCGUUAAAAAAAGACAGCUUACAAUCAAAGCAAGAGGUUAAGGAUGGCUUAAAAAAUGGAGAAAAUCGGGUAAAGAGCAAGAAAAACAACAAACUUAACUCCGAGCUUACGCGCGCCAAAGAACAACUUGUGCGCCUUAAAGCGGAGCUCACACUGUCGAAUAUGCAAACAAGAAAUCUCGGUUCUCAAUUAUCGUCACUACGCGAAGAUAGCACGAAGCUGGAGGCAGAGCUUUCGACGGUGCGAGUUUCUCCGAGGAAUUCCGGACAACGAAGAGCUUCGUUCAGCUGUUACGAAGAAACAGUGCGGCUGGAGAUGGAGCUAGCGGAGGCGAAGGAGAGGAUCAUCGACUUGCAGGAAAAACUGUUGAUUAUUUACAAGGAGAAGUUUGCUUUGGAAGAGAAGAUAAGUAGUUUGGAAGGGCAAAGAAACGGCCAUUCGGAAAAUGGCGAGAGGCCUUAUUCAGCUAACAAUGACCAAGAACCAUUCUGUGACUUAGAGAAAACAAAAGAAUUGGAGAGCAAGAUUGGCCUAUUAGAGGCUGAGAAAGAACGGCUUCAAAGAGAACUUGACGAUACAAACGCUGAUAAAUCUCGAUUAGAGAGUAUUGAACACUGCGUACAGCAGUUAGUAAGCCUUGAAGACGAACAUUUGAGAGUGAAAGACAGAUUGAAAAAAUGGGCUACAAAUUCCAAAGACGAACAACAGUUAAACGAGAUAAAAGUAAACAUAAAAAAAAUCACAGAGAAAAGCUACCUCAAUGAAUUACGAGUCAUAUCCGGAGAAAAUCUUGUUCUUCAGGAGGAAGUCAAUAGUUUGAAGGAGACAAUCGCACAACUUGAAAGCGAUUUGGAAGCUUUGAAGUUUAAGCUUUCCUUCACAGAUGCAACACAAGACGUUUCUUUGGACAAGAAAACUGUUGCAACGCUACUCGUGUCAGUAAAACAAGAACGGGCCGAGUUACAGGCAGCUUUAAAUGAGGUGCUUAUCGAGAAGGAUAAUUUAAAUGAAGAAUUGACUGAAAUAAAAGUGAAGUAUGCAAAUCUUCAAAGGGAAUUUGCCAUGACAAGUAUAGUAAAGGAUGAUUUGGAGCUGGAGGUUCUUUCUUUGAAGAAAGCUAGCUUGACACGUGGACUUUCCAACUUGACACAAAGCAGUGAGGAGUGUAAAAGUGAAAUGUCUGAUUCGUCACUAGAUGACAAACUGAUGAAUCGCAGCGAUGGAAACGGAGUCGGAGAAUCCAUGGAUAAAAAGAUAGCAUCGGCCGGCGGUGGAAGAAAGAGAGCCCCUGCAGUUAACAGUCGAAAAACGAUGAUCACAAAGAAUCUCAAAGCUGGGAACGACUCGUUAUCCUCUGGAAAGAGCACAUCAAGUUCCUCUCCAAAGGUAAAGGUAGUCACAUUUUUUCAAAUGUUUCAAUAAUUAAACAGAACGCGGGUCAUAAUAGUGACUAGUGAAAGCCGAAGAGUAGCCGAGAUUUUUCAUCUCUCAAUUAGUACCUGCGCCAUGAUUGGUCAAUUUAGCCAGCCAUAUUUCACUCUGUCGCCUGCUAAAUUCAGCAUUUUGAUAGGGUUCAAAUCUUCCCCCUCUAUUUCAUCCUAGAGAGAUAAUAAAUAUCUCAAUAACCUUGUUUUGUCGGUCCAUAUCGUAAACUAUAGAACCUUGGUUUUUCCGUUCGGACUUACGACCUGCGCCUAAGCCAUAAAUCCGAACGGACCUCGAACUCGUUGUUGUAAGAGGUUCUUGAAAGAUCGCAAAAAGUGAUGAAUAAAGAAUGUACAUUACUAAAAAUAUAAAAGCACCACGUUUUAUUUUGUUGUGUAGCUUAGAGAUUGAGAGAUAACCAUACUGAUCCUCAAGCUGUUUAAAGAGGAGCAUUCCUUGGGAUUUAACUUGAAAAUCAAAUACUUCUUUCAUCUAUUAAACUUUGUGUUUGAAUCCUCAAUUUCACAGAAUGAAAAGAAGACACCCCCACAAAGGCCAAACACUCUAACGAGUCUACCACUGUCGCCGAAGAAGUCAGCUGGAAGGCGUAAGUUGUAAAUUUAAUUUCAGGAAACCAAUUUAAUCGACAAAUAGUCAAGUUCAUUCAGAGUUUUCUGCACACCGAAAGAAUAUUAAAGUUCUUAAUUUUGUGCUCCAUGGGGACUUGUUCAGGAAGCAUGUAUCUUUCUCCAGAUCUUUAUGCGGCGAAUCUACGAAUGCGUACGGUAAUGCUGCAACCUGAAUGAUCCCGAGCAGGAUGCCGAGCAGUUACAAAAUACCUACGCUUACAUCCAUAAUCAGAUCCUGGUAAAUCGAAGGUUGGAUAACGCUAUUUACUAGAUCGAUCUCUCUCAGAUGGAUAGCUCAGUACGUUUUGCUACCACAUCCGCUGGAUAGUGAUUUAUCUGUUUGAUAGCGUUCUCCGCCUUUUGAACAACUGGGCCGAGCUCAAAUCUUUACCAAGCAGAUCCGUGAAUUCGAGCAGGGAACUUGUGGCCUAGUGGGCCUUUAAGAAAACAGCGAGGGAUCGAAAAAAAACAGGGCUUACACGCGCAAAGCAUAAAAAUAUAUACCCGUACGUCACGUUGGUUAAUUUUCUUAUUUCAUGUAUUAGUUAAUGUGCAGUUUGCUUCUUUCAGGCACGAAGUCAUUAGAAUCCAGUGGAGAGAAACCAAGAAGUAGAACGCCGAGGUAAUACCAGAAAUCAAGCUUGGUCUUGCCAGUUUGGAGACUAAGAAUGCUCUAUGCAAUAGGAGAGAGAGAGUAUGGCAGCCGUGCAUUCUCGACAAAUUUCCUGUAAACGCCAUUGUACACGCACAAUUCUUCUAGUUUAACUUUCAGGUAGCUAAGCUAUAACCCUACCGCUUUCUAUGAACAAUGAGGGAUCAGAAAUCUGGCAGAAUGUCGAGGGUCAAUCUAUAAUUUGUAGAAAACUCCCCUAGGUGUCAUGACAGCACAAGUUUCUGCUAGAUUUAUGACAGGUAAAUGCCAUAAAUUCGCAGUCGUUUAGUUUAAGAUUAAGCCUCUUAUCCGCACUGACUGAAUUGCACUUUCCACACUGACAGGUCAAUCACAGAUGACAACCAGUCGACGAACGACAACCCAAAUCACCUUGCAAUAAGCUAUGACCUGAUAAGGAUUGAUGACGUAGGUAGUGAGGCAUGCGCACUGCACGGUGCCACGGACGGUAUUGAAAGCGGACUUUUACGAAAAACGCCUGAGGGACAACGACUAAAUCCCGAGGGUAUGGAACAUGACAAUGAACCAUGUUUCAACAUAGACGACACUGGGCAUGUUGAGAUUGACGCCCAUCAGGGUGCAAUUAAGGGUAUUUCUGAGACACUCUCUACACUGUCACAGUCGACUGAAGUGCUUGUAAAGACUGCAUGGUCUUUGAAAAACUUUUUUCGGCGGCAGCAGUCACCACCCAUCCCUGAUCAUAAAAUUGACGCUCUUACACAGUAGAUCAACUCGAACCUUUCUCUAACUUAACUCUAACCUAUCUUCAUGGAAGAAUGCUGUGCAGAAAAAUACUAAUGGGGUUUUGAUCGAUGACUUAAUCAAAAUUCAUCAAAUGUGACAUUUAAAUGAGAGGUUCUUUUAACCUCAAUCUGCCACUUGAAAAUUACAGGCUCAAAACCAGAAAUUCACAAACCUUUCCAGAUGGAAAUAAUGCAGCAUUUUCAUGUCAUGGCUAAUACCUUAUCUAGGUCCUUCCUCUUUUUUUGUUGUUGUUGGAACGAAAUUUUACGGUUCAAGAUGACGGACAAUUCUGCUGGAAACUAAUUUUUGUGACUUUCUGCACAAGCAGCAGAACAUAAAUUUGAGGAAAUAUAAUAUUUAAAUUUUCAUUACUUGAGUGGGGGGUUGGGUUGACUUAUUUUUGUGUUUGUGGGAGAAGGGAAAACCACAAAAACCAAAUUUGAAACUUGUAAACAUCCCAUGCAACAAGUGUACAACUCAAAUCUUUUAGACAGAGGAUUAUUGUUCAGUGCAUUAAAGUUACCUAG